AUGACAGCCACCGCUCCCCAGCCCCCCUUCCGCCUCACCCGCGCCACGCCGGCCGACCUCCCAGAGAUCAUAGCCCUACAGUACACCGCCUUCCCGCCCGUCGCGCGCGAGCUCUUCAUGGGCUGCGCCUCCGAGGCGGACCUUCCGCGUUGCACAGCGUCGUACGCCCGCGUCAUGCAGACGAACGAGCACGACGUCUGGAUCAAGGUCGUCGACACAGCGUCAGGCGCCGUCGUCGCAGCUAGCAACUGGAAGAUCUACCCCAAUGGCAGUGCGCCACCGCCGAGCUCGGCCAACGACGAGCCACCGGACUGGCUGGAGGGCGAGGCGCGGAAGCGGGCGGCGAGGGUGCUGGGGGCGAUGAAUCAGGCGAGGAGGGAAGCUCAUCCGGGGGGUUUUGUGCAUCUGCAAAUCUGCUUCACGGCCGCCGCGUACCGCCGCCGGGGCGCCGGGGCCAUGAUGAUUCAAUGGGGCUGCGAUCUGGCGGACCAGCUGUUCCUGCCGGCUUGGCUCGAGGCCUCGUCUGACGGCAACUACUUGUACCGGCGGUAUGGGUUUGAGGAGCUGGGGGCAGUGAAGGGCGAGGUUGAGGAGGUGUAUAUGAGGCGGGUUGCGAAGGUGAGCAUUAUUGAGGGAGGUAUCCGAGCCGUGGACGGAUGA